GCUAGCAUCUGGACUCAGCCGAGAGGAGUCUGCGUCUGCGUCUGCGUCUGAUGGAAAGCUGUCCGUCUGCACGGAACGAUGACCCAGAAGACUACCCUGGUGCUCCUUGCUCUGGCUGUCAUCACCAUCUUUGCCUUGGUUUGUGUUUUGUUAGCUGGCAGGAGCGGAGACGGGGGUGGACUGAGCCAACCUCCCCAGUGCCCCUCCGUUCCUCCUAGUGCCCAGCCGUGGACAAAUCCUGGCCAGGGUCAGCUCUUUGCAGACCUGAGCCCAGACGAGCUAACAACUGUGAUGAGCUUUCUGACCAAGCACCUGGGGCCAGGGCUGGUGGACGCAGCCCAGGCUCGGCCCUCAGACAACUGCGUCUUCUCGGUGGAGCUGCAGCUGCCUGCCAAGGCUGCAGCCCUGGCUCACCUGGAUGGAGGGGGCCCGCCGCCUGCCCGAGAGGCGCUGGCCAUCAUCUUCUUUGGUGCACAACCCCAGCCCAACGUGACUGAGCUGGUGGUGGGGCCCCUACCUCACCUGUCCUACAUGCGUGAUGUGACCGUGGAGCGUCAUGGUGGGCCUGUGCCCUAUUACCGGCGCCCUGUGCUAGCCAGAGAGUAUCAGGAUAUCGACCAGAUGAUCUUCCACAGGGAGCUGCCCCAGGUUUCUGGGCUCCUUCAUCACUGUUGCUUCUAUAAACAAGGGGGCCACAACCUGCUCACAUUGACUACAGCCCCCCGUGGUCAGCAAUCGGGGGACCGGACCACCUGGUUUGGAUUGUAUUACAAUGUCUCAGGGAUUGGGUUUUACCCACACCCUAUUGGCUUGGAGCUGCUGGUAGACCAUAAGGCCCUGGACCCAGCCCUGUGGAGCAUCCAGAAGGUAUUCUUUCAAGGCCGUUACUUUGAUACUCUGAUUGAACUGGAGGAGCGCUUUGAGAAUGGCCUGAUAAAUGUGGUGCUGGUACCAAACAAUGGCACAGGUGGGUCCUGGUCCCUAAAAUCCUCAGUGCCACCAGGUCCAGCUCCCCCUCUGCAGUUCCAUCCCCAGGGACCCCGCUUCAGUGUCCAGGGGACUCGAGUGGCCUCCUCGUUGUGGACUUUCUCUUUUGGCCUUGGAGCUUUCAGUGGCCCGAGGAUCUUUGAUAUCCGCUUUCAAGGGCAGAGGGUGGCCUAUGAAAUCAGUGUCCAGGAGGCCAUAGCUCUGUACGGUGGCAAUUCCCCAGCAGCAAUGAUGACCUGCUAUAUGGAUGGUAAUUUUGGCAUUGGCAAGUACUCUACCCCACUGACCCGUGGGGUGGACUGUCCUUACUUAGCCACCUAUGUGGACUGGCAUUUCCUUCUGGAAUCUCAGACCCCCAAGACACUACGUGAUGCAUUUUGUGUGUUUGAACAGAACCAAGGCCUCCCGCUAAGACGACACCACUCGGAUUUCUACUCCCACUAUUUUGGGGGUGUUGUGGAGACAGUGCUUGUGGUCAGAUCUGUGGCUACCUUGCUCAAUUACGACUAUGUGUGGGACAUGAUCUUCCAUCCCAACGGGGCCAUAGAAGUCAAAUUCCAUGCCACGGGUUACAUAAGCUCAGCAUUCUUCUUCGGUGCUGGUGAAAAAUUCGGGAACCGAGUUGAGGAGCACACACUGGGCACGGUACAUACUCACAGUGCUCACUUCAAAGUGGACCUGGAUGUGGCAGGGCUGAAGAACUGGGCCUGGGCAGAGGACAUGGCUUUUGUCCCCAUGAACGUACCUUGGCGUCCUGAACACCAGAUACAGAGGCUGCAGGUGACUCGGAAGCUGCUGAAGACAGAGGAGGAGGCUGCCUUCCCCAUGCGGGGUGUCACCCCUCGCUACCUGUACCUGGCCAGUAACCACAGCAACAAGUGGGGUCAUAGGCGAGGCUACCGCAUCCAGAUCUUCAGCUUUGCCGGGGAACCACUGCCCCAGAAAAGCCCCAUAGAGAAAGCCUUCAGCUGGGGGAGGUACCACUUGGCUGUGACCCGAAGGAAGGAGAAAGAGCCUAGUAGCUCUAGCAUCUUCAACCAGAAUGACCCAUGGACCCCCACUGUGGAUUUCUCUAACUUCAUCAGCAACGAGACCAUUGCUGGAGAGGACUUGGUGGCCUGGGUGACAGCCGGGUUUUUGCACAUCCCACAUGCAGAAGACAUCCCCAACACGGUGACUGUGGGAAACGGGGUGGGCUUCUACCUCCGACCCUACAACUUCUUUGAUGAGGACCCCUCCUUCUACUCGGCUGACUCCAUCUAUUUCCGGGAGGACCAGGAUGUCGGUGCCUGUGAGGUCAACCCCCUGGCUUGCCUGCCGCAAACUGCCACCUGUGCCCCUGACCUCCCUGGCUUCUCCCAUGGGGGCUUUACUCACAAAUAAGUGUCCCCUGGAUGGACAGUCGAGCCAAGGCCCCUGGGUAAGGACUGGGGAGCAACAGCUGGCAGUGCACAGGGCGGUCUGGUUCCCUCUUUUGUCCUCACACCUCUGAUAGCCCACCUCUCUUCUGCUGUUUCCUCCUCCCUGCCUGAAGCAACCUGAGCCCAUGAUGCCUGACACACAGGGACACUGGGCUUUGCUGAUCAUGGCUGUACUGAGUUCCUGCCACGGGAGAAGAGUGCCCUGGCUAGGAGCCUGGGGUGAUGGCUAUGGGUUGGGUUUUUUUUCCGAAAUGGUUCCUUUUUCUUUCCUUCUUUUUGAUUUUUAUUAAGUUUUAUAGUCACUCCGAGGACUCUGCAAUGAGGAUAAUUCUUUAGAGACUGCAGAGUAGGGUCUUCCUGAGUCUGGAGCAUCCACAGAUGAGCUGAAAGGGACCCCUGUCCACAAUCCUCUUCCCCCCAGCCUCCCUCUUCCCUCUCUCCUGCCCACACCUCCUGGAGUCCCUGCUCACUCUUACAUUCUAGGAUUUCCCACUCAGUCCGAAGGGGAUGCCUGUCUGUGUUCUCUCAGCCCUCAUUUCUCAACUGCACUCCCUUCUCCUGGUCCCGAGCCUGUGAAAGUCUCAAAGAUGCAAUGGAACAACAUCUUAUUGGAAAGGACCAGGCUCGCUUGGCUCCUAACACCUAUCACAUAUCAAAAGUAGGCGUUGUCCCUGCUACAGUCUUGCUUUGUGCCCCUUCAAGAUGGUUGUAGAGACAGCAGGUGGCUUGGAGUUGCUAUGAUUAUGACAAACAGUUAUUUUAUUCCACGGCUCUGCAUGACUAUGGUCUCUGUGCCCUGCAAUAGCCAGUUUAGGACCAGUGGAGUAGGGACCAUGUGAGGACAUCAAAGGUGAGAAAGAGAAAACCUUGGGACUUCAUGCUCAAAGCAAGGGAUGUCCAAUUAGAAGCAGACAUGCAAAUGAGCAUAAUAGAGAGGGAUAUGGCUUCAUGGGACCUGCUUCAGGGCUUCCCGUCACUGGCUUCCCUGAGUUCUGGACAGGGGACGGUACAAAAAAACACCAGUGGCUAGAAACAAGCCCCCCAUUCCUGAGCAGACUGACCAGGCUAGGCCCAUUGUGACAGUCUUACAGUGCAAUCCAACUGAGCUGAAAACCGUUCUGUCAUUACUUGUUAGUAGGAAGUAACCUUCACUGGGAAAGGGCAUACAGAAAUGCUUCUGUUCACUCCCUGCUUGUGUUUUUAGAGCAAGGAGAAUGUAGACAGCUGUGAUCCCAGAGUCCGUCUGGGGCUUGACUGAUCUGCACAGUGAGACUUUAUCUCACAAAACCAAGGGCUCAAAAUGUGACUCGGGGAUAGAGAACCCAAGGCACAGUUUUACAAUAGAUAGAUGGGUUCUUUUUGUUCAUUUUAUACAAGGCCUUGGGUUUAAUUCUCAGCACCAUUAAAAUGAA